GGUAUAUAGAUUAUUCCUAUCAGUGCUUCUAGCUAAUGUUUUUUCCUCUUUCCUCCAAACUCAAAACAACUUCUUUUCCCGCUUUCUUCUGCAGCGCAUUGUGACGCGCUGCAACUCUAACACAAUGGCGCCUCCUAAGAUCAUCAAAGCCUUGAAUGAAUCAGAGGUCAUCUGCACCUACGAUGAGGCUAGCAACCCCAUCGUUCCAAAGAAGACCUUCAAAAGCAUCGGUAAAGAUGUGUUAGACGUCUUUCUCCCGGCCGGUUACCCUCAUACCGUGACGCCUGACUACACUCCUUACCAGAUUUACGACUCCCUUCAAGCUUUUUCUAGCACAAUUGCCGGUCUCCUCUCGUCCCGGGCCGUGCUCCAGGGUUUCGGCGUUGGAGAUUCCACUUCUUCGGCAACCGCAGCUGUACUUCUUACUGUGCUGCAGGAAUCAACCGGCAGACUUGCCACCAUCUUAUUUGCGCAUCGUCAUGGUCGGGCUAUAGAGCCGGAGUGCAAAUACUACCGCUUCUUCGCUGAUAUCGUCAAUGAUUCAGCUUUGUUUCUUGAUAUACUGUCCCCAGCUCUACCCACGUAUCCCAAGAUCCUUGCACUCUGUGGGGCCGGUAUCCUUCGCGCGCUCUGCGGAAUCUCGGGCGGCGCUGCUAAAGCUUCUCUUAGCGCUCACUUCGCCAAGAAUGGGAAUCUUGCUGAACUCAAUGCUAAGGAUGGAAGUCAAGAGACCGUGAUCUCGCUCCUAGGCUUGCUAGUCGGCAGCUUAUUUGUUCAUCUUGUGCACGGGAAGAUAGCCGUGGUGGUUUCAAUGAUUGUUCUUGUCGGUAUCCACCUCUGGACUAACUACCAAGCUGUUCGCUCUGUACAGAUGCGCACUCUGAACAGACAGCGACUCACGAUCAUACUGGAGGAGGCAUCCAGCCCUCGUGGUGCUAUUCUCCGUCCCGAUCAGGUAGCAGCAAAAGAGCAAAUUCUUACUUGGGUUAGUCCGCGUAUCACAUUCGCCACGACAUUCCCUCGGCUUCGCGAGAUCAGUCACUUCAAGAAUCAGAAGUACCGACACCGUGGCUAUGUCAUUGUUCAGCAGCCCACAGGUCAAAAGAUCUUCUUGAAACAAGGUACCCCCACGAUGGCUGCUUUAGAAGCGUGGGUCGAGGCUCAUACGGGAUCACACUGGCCAGCAGACAGCGCAUUCUGGAAGAGCCUCAAGGCUGCUGGUUGGGACCUCCAGACAAAUGCUAUGGAGACGGGUCCUUCUGUCCGGAUCGUUAUGGGCGAUGAGAAUAAAUCGGCUUAGUCGAGGGAUUAUGGAGGGAGGAGUGCGUAUCGGAUUUCUUUUUUCUUUGAUAAUGGGGUUUUUGGAAGUUUAAGGACGAACGGAUGGAAACCGGAUGAUACCCCCAAUAUGCGUUGUUUUUCAGGCCCGAGUACUUAUUACAAGUAGGAAGCAUAUAUACAAAUCGUGCCUUCAAUCAAUAUGG